AUGGUGGGCAGAGACAAUCAUGGCAGAGUUGUUUUGGCUUGGACUGACAUUUUGGACUCGGGAAGCCCCCUGUGGGGUGAAGCUAAAGCGGCCUAUGCAGCAGUUAAUAAAGCAAUUGAUGCUGGGUUCAAAAAAGUUAUAAUAGAAGGUGAUGCUUGGAAUGUUAUUGAACCUCUUAAAGACAAAAAGUCAUCAUCUGAAUGGACUAUUGAUGUAAUAUUGCAAAAUAUUUUAGCUCUUUGUAGUCUGUUUGAUGAUGUUUCUUUUUCUUUUGUGAAAAGAAAGGGUAAUUCCUCGGCUCAUUUGUUAGCCCUCUGGGUUGCUUUUUGUAACAACUCAGGGCCUGUCUCCAUCUCUAAUCCAUCUUGUUAG